AUGAUUUCUUUGCGAGACACUCUGAAGCUGAACAAUCAAGCUGCGGCACUUUUCCAUUCGGAAAACUUCCCUCAAGCUGAAAUUGCCUACAAUGAGUCGCUCUGUUUCUUCAAGAUAAUCUUGGAGGAAUCGCAUUAUCAAGAUGUCGGAAUGGCCUCCACCGCCAGUCUGCCGCAACACGAAUGCUUGCACAGCAUGUCGGCCCACAAAUCUCGGUGCAAGAUCUCCUCCCAUCACGGCGGGUCAUUUGUCUACCAAAGUCCAUUGAUAUUGAACGAAUUGCCAUCAUCCUCUUUGCACCCCACCAGUAGGAGCACUAGUGUUCAAGCGAUGAUCAUCUACUGUGCGGCAGUCGUGUUCAACACGGCCAUUCUACACCACCAAGAAUCUAUCAAGACUGGAAGUUCGGUGUGUCUAGACCGAGCCGCAGAGCUAUACGAAGCGAGUAUUCGUCUAGUUGGCAAGUUUCCUACGACAGUAGCGAGUUCCAACAAGACCAUUUCCUUGAUUGCCAUGGCCGCAAGCAAUAACUUGGCGCAAAUCGAGUUCCAAAAAGGGCUCUUGGAUCAGGCAUGCAAAAGACUGCAAGUUUUGAAGCAUCUAAUGACUCAAUCCUUGCGACACGUCGUCCCAUACAUUUUCACAAUUGACGAGUUUGAAGGCAUGCUAUCCAAUACUCUAUCGGCAAAAGGAGUUAUUGCGUCACCAGCUGCCUAG